CAGUGUUCUCCAGCGGAAGGAAGCGAGUGCAGAAUCUGCACCACCAGCCAAAGGAGCGUGUCGGCCGUGCCUCCAGCCUGCUGCAAGCGCACCUGCCGCAAGUGCACCUGCCGAGGCUGGCCAGCGGGGGCCCCCAGGGACAGGAGAGGGGUGUGUGCAGAGCCGGCCUGGGCUGGGGCGGCCGGCUGAGGCCGAGGUGCAGGUGUGCAGGUGGUGAGCGCCAGUGGAUGGGCCCGGCCACAACAGCCGCCGCCCACCAGAAGCUGGGUGAGGCGCUGCUCACGGUGUGGACAUGGAGGACCGUCUCUGCCUGCCCAGCUGCGUGCGGAGAAGAUCCGCGCCACCUCCAGGGCUGCCUGGGGUGAAUUCUGAUCUCACAAACGUCCGGCUCACUUCACCGAGCAUCACCUGUCUUUCCAGAGACGGAUCUAAGGUUCAGGUGGGGUUCCUGUGAGCCACGGGGCACACCCAAACGGGGGUGCACCCGGGGAUAUGGCCGAGACGCCCCCCACGCCUGUCCUUGGCAUGGAGACGCACCCAACCGCUUACAACGGCACCCCCCCGGGGCUCAACGCAUCCCACGUGCUCCCCAGCAGCGUCCUGGCAAACCAGACAGGUGAGCUCUCUGAGCAGCAGCAGUAUGUGAUUGGGCUCUUUCUCUCCUGCCUGUACACCAUCUUCCUCUUCCCCAUCGGCUUCGUGGGGAACAUCCUCAUACUGGUGGUGAACAUCAGCUUCCGGGACAAGAUGACGAUCCCCGACUUGUACUUCAUCAACCUGGCGGCGGCUGACCUCAUCCUGGUGGCCGACUCCCUUAUUGAGGUGUUCAACCUGGAUGAGCAGUACUACGACAUCACGGUGCUCUGCACCUUCAUGUCCCUCUUCCUGCAGAUCAACAUGUACAGCAGCGUCUUCUUCCUCACGUGGAUGAGCUUUGACCGCUACCUGGCGCUGGCCAGGGCCAUGCGCUCCGGCCCAUUCCGCACCAAGCAGCAUGCCCGGCUGAGCUGCGGCCUCAUCUGGAUGGCCUCCGUGUCCGCCACGCUAGUGCCCUUCACCGCAGUGCACCUACAGCACACGGAGGAGGUCUGCUUCUGCUUCGCGGACGUCAAGGAGAUACAGUGGCUCGAGGUCACCCUGGGCUUCCUCGUCCCCUUUGCCAUCAUCGGCCUGUGCUACUCACUCAUUGUCCGGGUCCUCGUCACGGCGCACAAGCACCGAGGCCUGCGCCCGCGGCGGCAGAAGGCGCUCCGCAUGAUCUUGGCCGUGGUGCUCGUCUUCUUCAUCUGCUGGCUGCCGGAGAACGUGUUCAUCAGCGUCCACCUGCUGCAGCGCACACCGCCAGGAGCCGCUCCCUGCAGACAGUCCUUCCGCCAUGCCUACCCCCUGACCGGCCACAUCGUCAACCUGGCAGCUUUCUCCAACAGCUGCCUAAACCCCCUCAUCUACAGCUUUCUGGGGGAGACCUUUAGGGACAAACUGAGGCUGUACAUUGAGCAGAAAACCAACGUGUCAGCCCUGAACCGCUUCUGCCACGCCGCCCUGAAGGCGGUCAUUCCGGACAGCACUGAACAGUCAGAUGGGAAGUUCAGCAGUGCGGUGUAGUCAGCUGGGCUCAGCAGAGACCAAACGCUGUUACCCGCACGGCAAGGCGAAGGAAGGGCUGGGCCGCACCACACACUGACCCCUGAUGGAAUGUCCUGGACCGUCUGCGCCCCAGCUGCGGGCACACGCGGGCUCUGAGGAGCCCUCCCCGCCAGGCACCUUGACUUUGGGCCAUGUGCGUGGCACUGGGGCUCCCACCCCUGCCCACUGCCGCAGGCCAUGGCAUUGGCGAAUGGGCACGGGGACCAGCAUGGGCUCACGCUCCGCUCUGCACACAUGGUGUCCUGUAGCAGAAGAUGCUUCACAGGCUGGCCAAUGAAAGCAAAAAGGCGGGGACGCUUUGGAAGAAAUACCUCAGUUCGGAGGUCAAUCUGCCCAUAAAUCUGCCAUCCUUGGGAAAAAUGAAGUAUGGACAGAACACACCAAGCAGAUCUGACUUGGACGGUGUGGUCUGUUCUCCAUGUCUGUGGCUUCCUUGUGGUACCAACACAUGUGCUCAGGUGAGAGAGGAGCGGAGAUGUGCUUCUCCCCGGCACCCCGCUCAGAACAGCUGCUCACCGACCCCAACUGAACGACUCCGAGCACCCAUGCUGCCUGAGACGGAAGGUUCUUCUUCAACCAAGAGACCCCAUGCCGUCUGAGCCGCUGGCCUACUGCCAAGUGUGGUCUUAUUGGCACCCACGCCACCGUGGACUGAGACCACAAGGGUGCAGGCUGUUGGGGGGGAGGUGGCACGCGUGGUAAAAUGCUGGCGUCUGAGAACAAUGGUGGGGGCGAAAAGGAAGGAACUGUAAACAGUUCUCCCAAAAACGUACACGAGAAAACCUUUAUCAAUAAAACAUAGUA